UUCAGUCUAUCCUGAUCACUAUCAUGUUAUUUACCAGAGUCCGGAAUUAAACCUAAAACCACAUAAGGAUUGAGGAACUUUGUCGGUUUGCAGUUGUGAUCCACAUCCUUCUAUCUCUCUCUCGCUAAAACCCUAAUGUCCAAAUCUGAUUGGCUACAUGUUAUCAUCUUUUAUGUAUAUUCUUCUGUGCAUCAUUUUUAAAAGGGGUGGCUGACUUGUCCUGCUUUUUAACCCCCUUCCCAGAAGGUUCGUCGGUCUCCAGCUCCUAUUUUCUCUUAAAUAAGGCACGCAUAUUCUUCUCUGUAUAUAUAUGUAUGUACACACACAGAGUUCCAGAGUCCAGUCAAUGUAUCUGAUCUCCUUACGAGUUUUCACGGGUGUAAGAUACUCUGCUAUCUUUCUUAGUUAUUCCAGAAGUUUCAGCCGCUUUUAUUUAUUCAAUUAUUGUGUGUUCAAUUCAAUUUAUUUUCCUGUUCAUAACCUGUUCGCUGGUUUGUGCAAAGUCUGAAUCUUGCUAUCUGUUUCUGGGUAUUUUCUCAAUUGCCCAAUUGGGUCGAGUUCUUCAUAACCGAGAUUCCAUUUUUCAUUUCACUUUCAAUUCUCCAUAGAAUCAGUUCCAAAAUCUCACAUCCCAGUUGGGUUUCUUGAAAAUUUGAAAAAUCUGAUUUGGGAUUGUUGAAAAGUUGAAACUUUAUGGAUACCCUUCUUGAAAGAUAUGAUGUUUCCAUGGAAAGAUUCAAUUUUGGGUCAGUCUAUCCUCAUCAAAAUCUUGUAAAUGGGUUCAAAGUGAAUCAUGAAUCCACCAAUUCAAUUUUCCCUCCAACAAACUUGGAUCAUAAUUCUAGUGAUUCAAGCCCUUAUUCGAGCGCUGGUUCAGAUGGAGAUUCUAUUGACCCUAAUGAUUUCAAUCAUCCGAUGCUCAAGUACAUAAGCGAUAUUCUUCUGGAAGAAGAUUUGGAGGGUAAACCUUGCAUGAUGCAGGACUGUUUGGCCCUCCAAGCUGCUGAGAAGUCUUUCUUUGAUGUCCUUAAUCCGAAGGGUCCCCCUUCGCCAAACCAACCCCCUUUGUCCCAUAGCCUUGAGAAUUCGGAUGAUGAUUCCACCCCGAGUUUUCAUAGCGGUGAUGGCUCCUCUAUUGCUGCUAAGACAGAAUGGGGUUUUGAUUCUUCAGAAACCUCCCAUUUCCAAUCUUCUCUUGUUGAGUCUCAAUCGGAUAACCUUUUGGUUUCGGAUUUGCUUUCUGAGCCGCAAAGUUCUGAGCAUUUCGGAGGUGUAGGGGAAGCAAGCAAGUUCCUCCCAAAUGGAAGUUUUGGAACUUUUAACCAGGAGAGGCACCACUUGAUGCAUCCAGGUCCUGAUCUGUGGCCUCCGGGGACUCGCACACUGGUGAGGAGGCCGGAGAAUGAUGGGUACAACUCAACAAAUAUAUUGAAGGGAAAAAAGAAUCAUCAAAGGGAGGAUGUUGAUUAUCCAGAAGAAGGGAGGAGCAGCAAGCUGCCAGUUGCUUUUGCUGAUGACUCUGAGCCGCCGCAAGAAAUGUUUGAUGAAGUGUUGCUCUGUCAUGGGCAUCAUCGUCUGGGUAACAAGCAGUCAAAAGGGGCUAAAACAACGCGUUCAAAGAAACAGAAUAACAACACGGAAAUAGUUGAUUUGAGAACAUUGCUAACCCAAUGUGCACAAGCUGUGGCAAACUAUGACCAACGAACUGCAAGUGAACUACUCCAGAAGAUACGGCACCACUCUUCCCCCUGUGGUGAUGCAAACCAGAGAUUAGCUCAUUACUUUGCUGAUGGCCUAGAGGCACGCUUGGCUGGCGCCACAACCCCAACGUACUCUUUUCUUGUUGGUACACAAACAUCAACUGCUGAAAUAUUAAAAGGUUAUCAGGUGUUUAUUUCUUCAUCCCCUUUCAAACUCAUGUCAAAUUUCAUGGCCAACAGAACGAUUAUGAAACUCUCAGAAAACGCAACAAGGCUUCACAUUAUUGACUUUGGUAUUUCGUAUGGUUUCCAAUGGCCCUGCUUUAUCCAACAUCUCUCGGAGAGAACUGGUGGACCGCCUAAGCUUCGUAUCACAGCAAUUGAGCUUCCCCAACCAGGUUUUCGACCUACAGAAAGAGUUGAAGAGACUGCGCGUCGGUUGAAAAAAUAUGCUGAGAGAUUUAAUGUUCCAUUUGAGUGCAAUGUCAUUGCUCAGAAAUGGGAGACAAUCAAAUUUGAGGAUCUUAAAAUUGACAGAAGUGAGCUGACUGUGGUCAAUUGUAUGUGCCGUUUAAAGCAUAUACCUGAUGAGACGGUGAUGGCAAGCAGUCCAAGAGAUAUUGUGCUGAAGUUAAUCAAGAAAAUUAAUCCAGACGUUUUCAUUCAUGGGGUUGUCAAUGGGACAUACAAUGCACCCUUCUUUGCCACACGGUUCAGAGAGGCACUUUACCACUACUCUGCAUUCUUUGAUAUCUUUGAGGCCACUGUUCCCCGCGAAGAUGAAAUGCGUCAGUUGUUUGAAAAAGCAAUUCACGGUAGAGACAUAGUGAAUGUUGUAGCUUGUGAGGGACUGGAAAGAGUUGAAAGGCCUGAGACAUACAAGCAGUGGCAGGUUCGGACCGUGAGGGCUGGGUUCAAGCAGCUCCCACUAGACCAAGCUCUUUUGAAGCGAGUGAAGAAAAUGUUGAAGUCUUAUCAUGAUGAUUUUAGGAUUGACGAAGACGGGAACUGGAUGUUGCAGUCAUGGAGAGGAAGAACUAUCUUGGCUCUUUCAAUUUGGGUGCCGGCCUCCACCCUACCACUCAUCUUCUCGAUUUGUCACCUCUCAUUCGUCGUCUCGAGUGCGUCGUCCCCUCCCCUUAUUGAGGAUGAUGGGAUUAAGAUCCUGCAAGUUUACUCCAAGGAGAUCAGCAAGCACAUGCUCGACACCAUCAAGUCCAGGAAUGUCGUUGCUUUCGCUGCUCAAAACGGUGCCACGGAGUCCGAGACUGCGAGCUCUGCAGUUGAAUCUACUGCUGCUGAGGAUGCUAAGUUUGUUUUCAUGGAUAUUGAAAGAUUUUCUGCCCCCACUGAAGGAUUUGAAUUCGGCAAUGGCUCGAAUUCAGUCUGUUCUGAUGAGAAUCUUGCAGAUGGGUUCAAAGAGAAUCAUGAAUCCACCAACCCAAAUUCCCUUCCAUCCAACUUAGAUCAUCCUAGUGUUUCAAGAACUUCUUUGAGCGCGGGUUCGGAUGCUGAUAAUAUCGACAUCAGUGAUUGCAAUCAACCUGUGCUCAAGUACAUAAGUGAUAUUCUUCUGGAGGAAGAUUUGGAGGGUAAGGCCUGCAAGUUGCAGCAAUCCUUGGCCCUCCAAAUUGCUGAAAAAUCUUUUCAUGAUGCCCUUAAUUCGGAAAACCCUCCUUUACUCAACCAACCCACUUUUUCUGUGUACCAAAGCUUUGAGAAUUCCGAUGUCGGUUUUCAUAGCAGUGAUGGCUCUAUUGCCAGUUUUUAUAGCAGUAAUGGCUAUAUUUCUGCUAAUAGCGGCUGUGGUUGGGAUGUUUCACAACUCUGUCAUGUCCAGUCUUCACUCUUUGAGCCUAUAUCGGAUACCCUUAACGUUCCGGAUUCGUUUUCUGUAGAGGAAGGAAUCAAGUUCGUUCCAAAAAAAAGUUGUGAAAUCAUUGACCCUAAGAGGGACCAGUUAGUGCCUUCAGGUUCUGAUCAGUGGCCUCCAGGUCCUUGCAAACUGAUUGGGAAUUUGGCAUCGAAGAAUGGCUACAACUCAACAAAUGGAUCAAAGGGAAAGAAGAAUCAUCAGCGGGAGGAUGGCUAUGACACAGAAGAAGGAAGAAGAAACAAGCAGUCAGCUGCUGCUUGUGACAGUUCUGAUCUGCAAGAAAUAUAUGAUACGGUACUACAGAGUGUGAACCAUGAACCUGACUCUUGUUCUCAUGAUGAACCUUCGCAAUCCAAGGGAAAUGGGAUGUUGCAGCAUAAGAAGCAGUCAAAAGGAUCAAAAGCAUCACGUGGAAAGAAACAAAACAGCAACGGGAAGGUAGUAGACCUGUACAAACUGCUAACUGAAUGCGCAGAAGCUGUGGCAUGCUAUGACCAACAAGCUGCAAAUGAACUACUCAAGCAGAUAAGGCAGCACACUUCGCCCUACAGUGAUUCAACCCAGCGAUUAGCUCAUUACUUCGCUGAUGGCUUAGAGGCGCGGUUGGCUGGUGCCAGAAACCCGUCAUAUUGCCCUCUUAUAAUGAUGCACAUACCAGAAGCCGAAAUCUUAAAGGCUUACCAGGUGUAUGUUACUGCAUGCCCUUUCAAGAAGAUGGUGCACUUCUUUGCCAACAGAACAAUUAUGAAAACAGCAGAGAAGGCGACAAGGCUUCACAUUAUUGAUUUCGGCAUUUCUUAUGGUUUGCAAUGGCCCUGCCUUAUCCAAAGUCUCUCAGAGAAAACUGGCGGGCCUCCUAAACUUUGUAUCACAUUAAUUGAGGUUCCCCAACCAGGCUUUCGACCUGCCGAGAUAAUUGAAGAGACGGGGCGUCGCUUAACUAAAUACUGUGAGAGGUAUAAUGUCCCAUUUGAGUACAAUGUCAUUGCUAAGAAAUGGGAAACCAUUCAAUUGGAGGAUUUUCGUAUUGACAGAAAUGAGGUGACCGUGGUUAACUGCAUGCACCGGUUGAAGCAAAUUCCUGAUGAAACAGUGAUGGCGAACAAUCCAAGAGAUGCUGUCUUAAAUUUGAUCAAGAGAAUCAAUCCAGACCUUUUCAUGCACGGAGUUGUCAAUGGAACAUACAAUGCGCCCGCCUUUGUCACACGGUUCAAACAGGCGCUCUUCCACUUCUACACAUUCUUUGAUAUGUAUGAGGCCACUGUUCCACGCGAAGAUGAACAAAGAAUGUUGUUUGAAAGAGCAAUAUUUGGGAGGGACAUAAUAAAUGUUGUAGCGUGCGAGGGGCAGGAGAGAGUUGAAAGGCCGGAGACAUACAAGCAGUGGCAGGCUAGGUAUGCGAGGAUCGGGUUCAAGCAGCUGCCGUUAGACCGAGCGCUCUUGAAGAAAGUGAAGACCAUGUCGAAGGUGAUGGGGUAUCAUAGUGAUUUCCUAAUUGAAGAUGAUGGCCAGUGGAUGCUGCAGGGAUGGAAAGGAAGAAUCGUCUUAGCACUUACUGCUUUGAAGCCUGCGUAGGAGUUUCACUUUGUGAUGCAUAAAAUCUGUAUUUUCUUGUAUCUUCAAUAUUUCCUGUACGUCUCGUUUACUCACUAGGUUCAAUCAACAUAUUGAAUGAAGAAACGGAUGUUACCUUUCAAAUCUUGUUUAAAUUGAAGGAAAUGUUUUUACUUUUA